AUGUGGAGCAGCAAGUGCAAGGAAACUGCGCAGGUUAGGGAAGUGGCGAGUCGUUGGGAAAUGCUUUUCAAACACGAGGUUUUGUCUUCUUUGGAAACCCCUUUGCCAGUUGAAGAAGAGGGUUUAGGGUUUAGGAUUGAACUGGCGAAAGGCAAGGCCCGCGAGGAGCUCGCGAGGGUUUACUGCGCCGGCGCAGACCCUUGGAAGGAGGUUUCUGCUGAAAUGGAGCAGCAGCUGCACGAAAUGGGAGCAGCACUUGAAGAGGCCAACAUCGAAGCAAUUAAAGUCAACUGCAGCAGACCUUUGGACCAGCUGAAGGCGGAACUCGCGGUGAGGGUUUAG